AUGCUAGUGGAACAGAAUCUUAAGAAAAGUGCUGAGUUGCAGGAACAGAGAAAGAGAGCUACUCCACAUGGAUCCUCUAGUAUGGAUCAAGGGUCAUGGAAGAAGAGAAAUGAUGUUAGCAGUUCGGGACAAAAGCAAAUGCAAGGUUAUCAAUCGAAUAACCCCUGCAAGUUUUGUAACCACGCACACACUGGGGAGUGUAGAAAGGAAAAUGGGUCAUGUUUCCGAUGUGGAAGGACUGGCCAUUUCAUCAGAGAAUGCCCAUUACUGUCAGACGACAAGAAUAAGACCAAUACACCUCCAGGUCCCCGUCAGACGACACAGGGAAACAAUCAACGUAGAAUGGGACCAGCUCGAGUGUUUGCAUUGACAGCUGAAGAUGUUGAAGAUGAUAACAAUGCGAUCACAGGACUAUAA